AUGUCUUCAAAGGACUUCCCGGCGCUCACGACGAGCGACACCCGGUCUUCCAUAUCUGCCGUCCCAAUGCAUGAGGUCGAGCCAAGCCCAGUCGACGAGGAAGAACCACCAGAGUACCCGACCAACCCUGGUGACGUCGAGAAGCAAUCGCUCCCAUCAUCUGCAUACAACACGACCAACUUCCUUGGCCUCACGCCCUCGACUACACUCAAAGUCCUUUCCGCUCUCCAGAAAUACGCAACCAUCCCCCCCACCCUCUACCUCACCAUGCACUAUGCCAACACCAGCCUCAUCCCUCUCCUGACUCAGUCUGCCCGAGAAUCCGACAAAUACCUUCUCCUUACGAGGCCGUACUACCAAUCAUUCCCACUCGAGCCGCUGCUCAUCUUUGCUCCCAUCAUAACCCAUGUUGCAAGCGGCCUCGCUCUAAGAAUUUAUCGAAGGCGCGCGAGUGCAAAGAGACACGGGGCUGAGACACACACCCAGCGCAAGAAGAUUCCCUGGCCGCAACUCAGUCUUACCUCCGCAUUGGGAUAUGCCAUGUAUCCCAUUUUCGUAUUUCACGUUCUCACACAACGCAUGGUUCCCAAGAAAAUCGACGGCAGUUCUGCAGGUGUGGGGCUGAGAUACUUCGCUCAUGGAGUCGCGCAUGAUCCCUGGGUCACCAACAUUGGAUACGCUGUCUUCGUCUCCAUGGCGAGCUUCCACUUUGUCACAGGUGGGGCGAAAUUCCUCAAGCUUUCCAAGGAGUACAUCACCGAGGGCGGACACUCGGGACAAUCGCGAAGGAAGUGGAGAGGACGGAUCAUCAACGGGAUUUCAGCUCUCACUGCUGCUGUUUGGAUCGCUGGUGGACUUGGGGUUGUUGGACGGUCAGGCAAGGGGGUCGGCUGGGAGGCAUCCAACUGGGACAAAAUCUACAAGGCUGUGCCCCUGAUCGGCGCCACAUUUUAG